GAUGAUUUGUGCGCGAGGUUAGGUUAACGUUAAUUAACGUGUCGCACCGACUUCGUCAUCGGCAUCCUCGACAAUCGAUGACUCGCGUCACGCGGCUUUCGUAAGGAUGCUCAACUUUCUGAGGACUCGCACCGUCUGGAUGCAGAAUGCACGUAUCGUGUCAGCCCGACCGGUCACCCAAAGCCGGGCGCGACUAUGUUCGUUCUGCAACUUCCAUCAUCUGAGUCCACCUCGUGUAGUGAGAUGUACAGUGAUUCGAUGUUAUGCAACAACCGAUACAGUGAAACUACGUACUCUCUUGCAAAAGAAAGCCAAACGUCGCUCGAAGAAAUAUGCAGAGUUAUUAGAAGUAACAGAUCAGACGACCAACAACAGGAAAGCAACAGUGAGCAAGUUGAGUUCUGCCCAAAUGUCCGCCCUGGUUGAUCAGCCUAAUAUUACACUAGACAAACUGCACAAGAUCUCUAAUUUUUGUGUUAAGAAGAAGACGACACAAAAGAAGGACACCAAUAAAAAGACUGGGCUUGAAAAGAAUUUAAUUCAUAUGGAUGACAAAGUAGACGAUACACAUUACGCCAUACCUAAAGAAUUUGAUGGGCAAUUAGAUGAUACGUCCGCAGUUAUGGAGAAUCUGAAAGAGUCUGGAGUAAGCGAUCAAACUGCGUUGAUUAAGGAUUCUUCCUUUCUGAAUAUGCUGCAGGGUGAUAAAAACAAAGAGAGGGAUAACAAUCAAGAUGAUACACUUAUGCAGAUUCCAAAAUACAAGGCUUCAACUUCAUAUGCUUCAAUUCCUUUUACGAAUGAGCCAGAAAUUUUGGAGGAUUGUCCUUCCGAUCACAAUCUAAUUUCUGAGUUAUUAGCGCAUAUGGAUGUUUAUAUACAAAUCGACAUGCCGCAUAAAGCCUUCAAGUUGCUCACGUCGUAUAAAAAUCAUUUUAAGAAAAACAAAGUCUUCCCCAUCGUGCUUUAUAAUCUGCUCUUAAGGACCCAUGUUUCUAAUGCACAUAUGGAAAAGGUAUUCGAGAUCUACAGAACAAUAAAGGAGGAUUCUGUCCAGCCGAACUUUGAGACGUACGCUCUCAUGUUCGAGAUAAUUGGAAAGAUAAAAAACCAGGUGAAAAGAGCAGAAAGCACAGCUGAAGUGAUGGCAGAUAUGAAUCGCAAUGGCAUCUCCUUCGAUAAAUUAAUGAAUACAUCGUUAAAUGGAAAGCAACGCAACGCCAUUCUUCAUUGUAUGAGAUCAUUGAAUCUUAAUUAUUGUGUACAGCCUCAACCCAAUGAUACCUCAUACAGCUGCAAUUUACUGAAGGAUCUGACGACGAAUAAUAACUGGCAGAGCCCGGCGGAAGGAGUAGUGACCAUGAACGAGUUGCAGGAUAUGACGCGUACGCUGAGCGUCGCGUUGUUCACCGGAGAUCCCGAAGUUAGACAGCAAGCUAUCAAACGGAUCGCGGAAUGGGAGAAAACCUGGAAAUCGACUGUGACCGAGGCUUUCGAGAAAAAUCUGACUUACCUGAAACAGCAGACAAAGAUAAAGAACGAUUUAAAGAUCUUGUAUCCAUUUCUGCAAGUGUUACCCAAAGAAGAGUAUGUCAAGGCAAUAAUGAACGAAAUCAACCAACUUACUAAAUUCUCCGAGGGAUUCAGUUAUACUAUGACAUAUCUUUAUCUAUCAUUAGGACAAUAUAUUUACAAGAGGUACGAGUUUCAGCGAAAGGUAAAAAACGGUGUCUUAGACAAUUCUAUUCAGAUUUACAAGAAAUAUUUGGAGUGGUAUAUGAAGAAGGAUCCUGCUGACAGGAUCAGCAACGCGCGCAUCAAAUGGCAACAACUCGUCGAUGAGGCUCAAAAGUCUGAUAUGUGUUGCGAGUUAAUGGUACCAGAGUGGACGCAUAACAUUAUGCGAAACAUAGGCAAAUUUCUGUACAAUAUCAUCGUGAACGACGUGAAGAUUCCACACGUAUCCAAGCCUGGCGCGCCCGAGCGGCAGAUACCCGCGUUCUACCUGCUCUUCAGGUUCCACUCCAACAAACGCCUCUUCAUGGAAGAGGUCAAACCUCAUCCUCAGUUACACAGGUUUUACAAGGACUCGUAUUCAGAGACACUGUCUUUUGAGACAAUUUUGUUGCCAAUGUUCUCUCCGCCACGUCCUUGGGUCAACGUGAACACCGGCGGUUAUCUGUUCUCCAAGGCGGAGUUUGUUCGCGAUCUUUACAAGAAACCAUCACACCUGCUGAGAAAUACGCCGACAAAACAACUCCAUCCAGUAUUCGACUGUUUGAAUCAACUUGGUUCGAUUCCGUGGAGAAUCAAUGUGCCCAUGCUGGAUAUCUUGAUCCAGAUCUUCAGGGAUGGGGGCUCAAAAGAGCUGAAUGUACCUCAACCAUCCACAGUAGUUCCAUCUUCAGCGGAUGUCAUCGCGAGCAAAACGGAUAAGAGUCCUAAAGAGAUAUCGAAGCUGCUGUUUCAACUUAAGCGUACAAAAAACGAGAUGCACUCGCUAUGGUGCGACUGUCUCUAUAAAUUAUCCCUCGCCACUCACUUCAGGGACAAGGUAUUCUGGAUGCCGCAUAAUCUGGACUUUAGAGGCAGGGCGUACCCAGUGCCGCCUCAUCUGACCCAUCUCACUUCGGACCUAGGCCGUUCUAUUCUUAUGUUCGCUCAGGGUAAGCCUUUGGGUCCUGAUGGUUUGGAUUGGCUGAAGAUUCAUGCAAUAAACAUGUCCGGUUUAAAGAAGAGAGAACCGAUGCACAAACGGUUAGAGUUCGCGAAUGAGAUAUUGGACCUGAUUGUGGACAGCGCGAGGAAUCCCCUGACGGGAAAGAUGUGGUGGACCAAGACUGACGAACCAUGGCAAACGUUGGCGGCAUGCAAAGAGAUAGAUAACGCUCUGCAAUUCCCAAACGUGGAGAAGUACAUUUGCCGGCUUCCCAUUCAUCAAGACGGUAGUUGCAAUGGCUUGCAGCAUUACGCUGCGCUCGGGAGAGAUCUGAUAGGAGCGAAGAGCGUGAACUUGUAUCCUUCGGACAAGCCACAGGACGUGUACAGUGUCGUCGCUAGUAUGGUCGAUGAGUACAGGAAGAUCGACGCGGAUGCUGGCGAUGAAAUAGCCCAGGCCUUGGAAGGACACGUCAGUAGGAAGGUCAUGAAACAGACUGUAAUGACCACAGUGUAUGGCGUGACGAAGUUUGGCGCCAGGCUACAGAUCGCCAGGCAGCUCAGCGAUUUGAAGGAUUUCAAUCAGACGUAUGUUUGGACCGGCAGCAUGUACCUGGUUCAAAAGACAUUCAUGUCUCUUCAGACUAUGUUUAAGAGCGCAAAGGAGAUACAGAACUGGUUCACGGAUUGCGCCCGCACUAUCGCGAUCAGGCACAAUGAGUAUGUGCAGUGGGAGACGCCGUUGGGCUUUCCGGUCAUGCAACCCUACUUCAAGUUUAACCCUUAUAACUUGAAAAUCAAGGUUUCCAAGAAGCUGGACACAGUGAAGCAAAAGAAUGCCUUCGCGCCGAAUUUCAUCCACUCGUUGGAUUCCUCCCACAUGAUGUUGACGAGUUUGUACUGCGAACAGGCGGGGAUCACAUUUAUGUCAGUGCACGAUUGUUUUUGGACGCACCCGUGCACGGUGGAUGUUAUGAAUAGAAUUUGCCGGGAACAAUUCAUCGCGCUUCACAGCGAGCCCAUUCUCGAGAAUUUGUCCGAAUUCUUUUGUAAGAAAUAUGAAACGCACAUUGCGAGCAAUAAGCGGAAUAAGAAACGGAAAAGCGAAGAUGUUUCGCUACAGGUCUUCCAAGAGAUACCGAAGAAAGGUACCUUCGACAUCAACACAAUCAUGUCGUCUCGAUAUUUCUUUCAUUGAAAUGUAAUUGUAUUUAUUAUGAGAAAACGUAUCGUUUAAAUGUGUACGAAUGUAAAUCACUGUAAAGUUUUAACACAUGAAUUAGCUUCGAUAUGCGUUGUGCAAACUGUAAGUUAUAUAAGAUAAUUUCUAGAACGAUAUGUAAAUAGAUUAA